GGAAAACAAUGCAUGACUUUGUCGCAGACCCCUGCUGCACCGAUGGACGCGCAGAUUAGAAUGUUCUUCUGCAACCUCUGCCAGAAGCCCUUCACCCACGAGGCCUCGCGGAAUCGCCAUGUAAGCUACUGUCGCCGUUCGCGAGACCGCCCGCGAGUCCGACAUCAGUCGUGCCAGGCCUGCAGCGCCGCCAAAGCGCGUUGCAGCUUUCAACCGCAGUGUUCGCGCUGCCGACACAAGGGACUCGAAUGUGUGUAUGAUCAUCCGAACGGCCGCCAAAAUGGCACUUUGCCACCCGCUGCUAUGAAAGCGAAACCCGCUCCUCCAACACCGGUGGACACAACGAGCCCGACACCUCCCCGGAGCGAUAUCCUGACCACCAGCCUGGAGCUAACAGGAGACGAACUAUCGUGGGAUCUUAAUAUAGAUCUUCUGCAAAUGAAUCAAUCGACGUCAACGUCAGCCCCGGUGUGCGACACGACCUCUGCCCCUGCGACCAGGACCACGACCACCAGCAGCUCCUAUAUCUCAGAUGAACCGCAGGUGUCCGAUGCGCAGGCGAUGGCCUCGCUGGGAGAACUCUACGCGACAGGAGAAACACCCCCUAACUAUAAAACCGACUUUCUUUCAACAAUCACCAUCCCACCGGCACUGACGACUCUCGAAACAUCCGGCUUCCUCACGCCUUUGCCGAUGAGCAGCCCGGUAGCGCAAUGCAACGCCAAUUACAUCAUCCAGAUGCUGCGUCCGUUUCCUCAACUCAUGGUUCAAAAAGCCACCUUUCCGCCGUUUAUUCAUCCGUCGUAUUACAAACGAUGUACAGAAAACCACUCCCCAGUUCUCCAACCCCCGCUGGCCAAUUGCAUGAGUAUUGCGCAGAUGUUCGUCCCUCGAACAGAAGAGACGAAGCCAUUUGUCUGGAAGACGAUUCGCAUGGAACAACGCAGGUUGCUCAGUGAGAUGGAAACAUUCAGCAGAGAGGAGCUACUAGCUGCCAUCCAAGUGUACAUAAUCUACCUCAUCAUGCGCAUUGCCGACGAUGCUUUGCGACAUUCUGAGCACGACCUGCACAUGCUUCUAUCCUUUCAGCUUCUCUGCGAGCAAUUUCGCAAAAUAUGUGCCCAGCCUUUUGCGCUUGACGAGCAAGCGAAUCCCAAUCACACCUGGGAAGAUUGGAUCUUCUCGGAAUCGCGGCGAAGAGUCGCCUCUCUCUGGUUUAUCAUCAGUCGCGUCAUCUGCGUCAAAACCGGCAUCCCCUGCGACACAACCGAGGUCUAUCGCGCUUUGCCAUUGCCAUCGGGACAUUCACUAUGGACUGCCAACUGCCAUGAGGCCUGGGAGACCGAAUAUCGGGCUAGCCAAGUGAAUUAUCGACGGCCUCGACUCGCGUAUUUUGGAGAGUUGAUUGAAGCGCAGCGGAACCCCGGGGAUGGGCUGAACGCUCAGAAACUGGAUCUUUGGCAUACGGAUGCGGAUCAGCUGGGGAUUAUGUUGAUGUUGGCUACUGCCAUGGUUUAAUCGAUUUAAUCGGCGAUGAUGCAACGAGACUACUUUCAAGGAAAAGCGAGCAUUAUCUCCAAGCGAACACUGACAACGCUAUAUUGCGAAAAACAUCUCAAG